AUGACCCGCUGGGCUCUACAGUUGCUGAUGGUCGUGAUGUUGGGUGGGGUCCUGGUUGUCCCAGCAACUCCUACCCCAGCCUUGCAGCUGCUUCCCCAGAACUGUUCCCAGGCUCUUCCCGGCCCUGUGCUCUCAGAUCGCCCCGCAGGGCCCUCAGCUGCCCGGAGCCACUCCGACAAUGCUGUCUCCCGUCUGGGUCCACGCAUCACUCUCUCGCUGGAUGUCCCCAUCGGCCUCCUACAAAUCUUACUGAAGCAAGCCCGGGCAAGGGCUGCCAGGGAGCAAGCUACCACCAAUGCCCACAUCCUGGCCCACGUUGGUCGCCGCUGA